CAAAAAUUACGGAGAUAUUAAUCAAAUUCAUGGAAUGAACGUUUAUAUGAUCAAUGUCGCUAAUCCUGAUGUAAUCGAGAAACUAUUGUCUCCAGCCCUAGGGAACCACAAAGUUCAUCCGUAUCACUACGUAAGAAAUUGGCUCAAGCAGGGACUACUACUCAGUAUCGGCAAUAAAUGGUUUCAACGAAGAAAAAUGUUAACAAAAGCAUUCCAUUUCAACAUUCUCCAAAAAUACUUCGAGAUAUUUGUGGAAGAAACCAGUUUCUUUAUGAAACGUGUGGAAGAAGAAGUGGGAAAGGAGAAAACGGAUUUAUUUCCUAUGAUGAACUCUACGACGCUGCGCAUCAUGUGUGAAACAACUAUGGGCGUGACGAAUGAAGAUAUCACAUCUUUGGUGAAUCCAUACCUAGCGUCCUUGGAUAUCAUUGGUGAUUGUUUCACGACGAGAUUGGGAAGGGUAUGGUUACAUCCAGAUUCGAUUUAUCAACUAACAAACUACGCGAAAACGGAAAAAAUUGCAGUGAAAAAUUUGCAAACCUUAACGAACACUGUUAUUAAAAAAAGAAGAGACUACUUAGCUGAGAUGAAUUUUAAUCAUUUUGAUUAUGAUGAUAAUGUCGAAAGUAAGGGCAAUUUAGCAAUGCUUGAUUUGCUUCUUAAGAAUGAAAAAUCUGGAGUUUUAAACAGUCAGGAUGUCAGAGAAGAAGUUGAUUCGUUUAUGUUUGCUGGUCAUGACACAACCGCAGUAGCUAUGACUUUUAUGAUGAUGGCUUUAGCAAAUGAACCCGAAAUUCAAGAAAAGAUCCAUGCGGAGAUUUGUCAAGUUUUGGGUGAUUCUGAUCGAUCACUUACUACGGAGGAUUUGAGUCAAAUGAAAUAUCUGGAAUGCUGUAUCAAGGAAACAUUGAGACUGUAUCCAAGUGCGCCCUUAAUAGCUAGAACUUUACGCAAUGAGACAGUGUUAGGCAAUUACACAGUACCUGCAAAUACCACGGCUUUUAUCUUUAUAUACGAUUUGCAUCGUCGUCCCAAUCUCUAUCCCGACCCGGAGCGCUUCAUUCCCGAGAGAUUUCUCCCAGAGAACUGUGCUAACAGACAUCCAUAUGCUUACAUUCCAUUCAGCGGUGGACCUCGAAACUGUAUAGGUCAGAAGUUUGCUAUGCUGGAGAUGAAGACGGUCAUAUCCCAUAUAUUGAGAAGGUUCCGCCUAAAGCCUAUUACCAAGCCUGAAGAUAUCGUAUACAAAACUGAUCUAGUGUUGCGUAGCGUACACCCAAUAUACGUCAAAUUCUGUGCAAGAUAAUGUGGUUAAAUCAAUGUUUAUACAAUUUGUUUAAUCCUUUUUCCAUUCUUGCCUAUUUGUUAUAGUAUCAUAAACAUGAUCAAAACUUACAAA